GUACAUAAUUUAGGGAAUUAGUGUUUACCUAAUAAAACUAGUCUUGUCUUCAUAUCGUCGUAAUCGUGACUUUGUAAGCAUAGAUUAAUGUAUAUAUAUACUAGAGAUUUCGUCUUCUGAGUUCGUAAUUGUUACCAUAUAAUAUAAACAAAUACAUCACAUCCUUGUUACUUUAAAAAAUCUUGAGUGAUGGAUAUUAUAAUAAGAGUUAAUAACCAAUCUGUGGGAAGAGACAAAUUAGCCAGGUUAGUAGAGAAUUGCCAUAGGUUUCUGCAGAAAUCUUUUCUACAUGAAAUGUUGUUUACUUGUUGCUAAGAAUAAAUGCAUAAUUUGAUAUAUGCACUAUUGGCCCUUUAGCAGUUUUAGUAUAAUUUAUAAAUAAAAAGUAUUAGCUUUAGAAUAGAAUGAACAUAAUGUUGUUAAUGUGAUAUUGCCAUAUUAUAGUGAUUAAAAAAACAUUAAUCUUGUAGUAAAUAUUUCCUUUAAAUUAUCAUGUAGCAUAUUUAAAAGUAUAAUAGCAUAAUUAAAUUAUCAUGCCAGCAUUGUAAAGAUAAAACUCUUUUGUUUAAAUUUAAAUAUCUUACCUACAUAAUAAUUAUGUUUUAUAAUGUUACUUGUAAGUGAUAAUCAGCUUAGUUUAUGUAUCUAUUCUGUUGCACAUUUCAAAAACACAGUGAGUAGCAUUAACGACUUUCGAAUAAAUAUUGUGUGUGUGUUUAAAGAUUGACAACUGUUUAUGGUAACACAGUUUUUCUUGUAAUCUUCAGUAUGCUUGAAGAAACUUUCUAUAUGUGGUGAUCUUUGCAGAAUAUUUAUUCAACAUUUAAUUUUACUAUGUAUUAUUUUCAAUAAAAGAUAAUCAAAUAUAUGUUUUUACCUAGUAAUUAAAUGUUACUAGGGGAAAACCAAUGUUAUAAACUAUUUUAUUUUAUAGGAUAGGGUGACAAAUGAGCACACAGUCUACCUGAUGGUAAGUGGUUGCUGUGACCCAUAGACAUCCACAUUUAUCCUCAAUCAAGAAUCAAAAUGCAGAUGCAUCGUCACCCGUGAGGACUAAGAUGGAAUGCCUCUUUUCCAGUAAAAUGGGUCUCCGGUUCUCUACACUCACCAUACAAAACACAGAAGAAUUAAGCUGCUAUUUUACGCUGGUUUUCUGUGAGAGUGUGGUCCUUCCCCGGUCGAGCUGACCCAUUCGUGCUACAACUAUACUACUAAUAUAGCUGCAGCAUGGCUUUACCACGUGUACUACACGUAACUACCCAUAAUAAUAAUAAUUUAUUGCUUCAAAAUACAUCUUCUACCUAUGUAAUCUCUUAUUUUGUCUAUCCCACUAUUGAUAGUGCCGAUGUGUGUUAUCAAGAUCUUAAUGAGGGCUUCUUUUACAAGCAGUCAUCUUUAUCAUCAUCAACUACGUAGAUUCGCUUUGCAAACUGGAACAUUGGCACGCUUAUGGGACGCUCCGCAGAACUUGUGGCCAUACUUGCCAGGCGUAAAAUGGCAGUGGCAUUCCUGCAGGAGACACGGUGGAAGGCCAACAGGAGCUGGAAUAUUGGGCACGGCUACAAGCCGAUCUAUACAGGCUCUUCUGGUGGGGAGAAGGGUGUGGCAUUGGUGCUCACCGAGCAUUUCCACGAUAGCGUCUUGGAAGUUAGACGCAUAUGUGAAUGACUUAUGGUAGUAAGGUUGCUUAUUGAGGGGGUUGUGACCCACUUAAUAAGUACCUACGCCCCACAGGUAGGCUGCAGCGACGUGGAUAAGACACUGUUUUGGGAAUGGCUCGGAGAUGUACUACGCGGCAUACCGUUGUCCCACGAUGUCGUUUUGGGUGGUGACCUCAACAGUCAUGUGGGCGAGGUGCAGGGGGAGUAUGAACGUGUCCACGGCGGCUAUGGCUACGGCCGUAGAAACGCAGAGGGAGAAACCAUUCUCACAACCUGCACUGCUGCCGACCUAGCCGUGGUGAACACGUUCUUCAAAAAGAAAACCGAGCACCUGAUUACCUACACGAGCGGUCGGAACGCCACUCAAAUCGACUAUCUACUGACCAGGAGAAGUCAUAUCAGUCGCGUGGCCAACUGUAAGGUCAUACCCGGUGACUGUCUCACUGCCCAACACCGACUUCUUGUCAUGGACCUUUGCGUAAAACCCCGUCACAGACACGCCGAGUUGCCGCCGUCAAAUCAAGUGGUGGCUACUGGAUCAAACCAGAUACUCAUAGUUUGACUCUGCUGCUGGGGAUAUUAGUCUCGACACAGCAGGCAAGUCCGUCCAAGAGUGCUCGAAAACCAUUCAGACAGUAAUCACAAAGACUGCAAAGCAAGUUCUCAGCGUGGCGAAAGGGGGCCGCAAAAUCGACAAGGAGACCUGGUGGUGGGACGCCACAGUCCAGGGUUCAUUACGGGAGAAAAAAGCGCUCUUCAAGACGUGGCAAGCGACCAAAUCUCCUGAAGAUCGCGCAUCUUACAGGACAGCGAAAAGAGCUGCCAAGAAAGCUGUAGCCAGAGCCAGGCGUGACCACUUGCAACCAUUAUAUAGAUAUUAGACGAACUGUCAGCCAGCGUACAGAAACUACCGCAGCCUUGGCUGCUUAUGUACGCUGAUGAUAUCGCAGUGGUAGAUGGGGAUGGCUCACCAGACGUGUGCACGCAUGGAGGGAGGCGCUUGAGAAUGGCGGGCAUAAGCUAAACGUGGCGAAGACGGAGUAUAUGGCCUGCAACAGCACAGAUCUGACGUCUCUCCGUAUAGGCGACGACAUCGUCGAGCGCACGGACAACUUCAGGUACCUCGGAUCUGUGCUUGAUGCGUCAGGGGACAUCGAUCGCGACAUCAAGGCCCGUAUAUCAGCGGCUUGGGCGAAAUGGCGCAAGGUGACGGGUGUCAUUUGUGACCCCAAAAUGCCGGUCAAGCUGAAGGGACAGGUCUAUAAGACUAUCAUAAGACCUGUCCUUACGUACGGCAGUGAGGCGUGGCCGGUGGUGGAGCGACACCGGCAGUUGUUGCAUGUCACGGAGAUGAACAUGCUGCGGUGGAUGUGUGGCGUCACGCGGAAAGACCGUGUACGGAAUACAUACAUCCGCGGCAGCCUUCAUGUCCGUGAUAUUGCUGACAAGCUGCAGGAAAGUCGCCUCCGCUGGUACGGCCACGUCUUACGACGACCGGCAAGCUACGUGGGAAACAAAUGCCUGGACAUGACCCUACCUGGUACCAGGAGUAGAGGACGGCCCAAGAAAUACUGGCUUGAUGUCGUGCAGUAUGACAUACGCGCCAAUGGUGUAGUUGUGAGGGACGCCGAAGACCGGGCAAAGUGGAGGAGGAAGUGUAGGAAAGCGGACCCUGGGUUCUCCCGCGCUGGGUGGGAUGAGCAACCGGGAUAAACGCUAGGUAGAAGAAGAUCUUUAUCAUCAUCAUUAUAGUUGUCUUUUUUAUUCUUGUCUUAUAAACCAUGUAUCAUACAUACUAUACAAGGUUAUUUUUUAAUAACCGGCCAAAUCUGCAGAGAAGGUUCAGAAUAAGUAACAAAUGG